GAUCACGAGAGUGCUUCCGACAAUUAGGAGGACCUUGAAAUAUAUGCCAGAGCAAGAGCCAGAGCCAGACCAUAGAUGAAGAUCCGACUCUUCUCCAAUGCAUUGUGCAUACAGCGGCUCGUAAGAUCCGAACACACACUCCAAUAUGUUGGAUGCUGCAUUAGAUGUCAAGAAUGUUGGGGAGGAUCUUUUAACAUUUGGAGAGGUUUUGAAUCCUAGAGUGCUUCCGGCCGUCGGAUGUAAGUCAUCGGACAGAUCCUUCUUCUUUUUCUCUUAAAACAAGAGUCGGUAUUCCCAAGAUCAGAAGCAAAUCUAUUGUCCAAUAACGUACCUGGUCUUUCCCCCAAAACUGAAAAAAAAAAAACCUAGUCUUGCCAUUGUUUACCAUUUACCAAGUAAGCGAUGUCCGCUGGAGCACGGCCCAGUUUUCUGGUGGGUGUUUAUUAUUAGUAAUCUGCGCAUCCCAAAUUUCCAAAGUGAGAUAAAACGGUGGCGACCACCCAAAUAGGCGGAGGUAGCAGCCCGCAACCGUGUGAGCGGUAACCCAAUUUAACCCAACAGCCAAGAAAGCAAGCAAAUCAAGAAGAGAAGAGAAGAGAAGAGAAGAGAAGAGAAGCUAUGCCAGUCUUCAAGACCCCAUUCAACGGCUACGCUGUAAAGUUCAGCCCCUUCUAUGAGAAUCGCCUCGCAGUGGCCACCGCACAGAACUUCGGCAUCCUGGGUAACGGCCGCGUCCACGUUCUAGACCUCCCUCCGACCCCCGGAGCCCCCAUCACCGAGCUCUGCUCCUUCGACACCGCCGACGGAGUCUACGACUGUACCUGGUCCGAGGAUAAUGACAACCUCCUCGUAACCGCUAUUGCCGAUGGCUCCGUCAAGCUCUGGGACCUCGCCUUGCCACCCACUUCCAAUCCAAUUCGUUCCCUCCAGGAACACACCCGCGAGGUUCACUCCGUCGAUUGGAACCCAGUUCGUAGAGAUUCCUUCUUGAGCUCUUCCUGGGACGACACCGUCAAGCUCUGGACCGUCGAUCGACCCGUCAGCGUCCGUACCUUCAAAGAACACGCCUAUUGCGUUUAUUCUUCUGUUUGGAACCCUCGCCAUGCCGACGUCUUCGCAUCCGCUUCCGGCGACUGUACCGUUCGUAUCUGGGAUGUUCGCGAGCCGACUUCCACCAUGAUCAUACCUGCUCAUGAAUUGGAGAUUCUUUCUUGCGAUUGGAACAAGUACGAUGAUUGCCUUAUUGCCACUUCUUCAGUUGAUAAGUCGAUUAAGGUUUGGGAUGUGAGGAAUUUCCGGAUUCCAAUUACGGUGCUCAAUGGGCACACUUAUGCUGUGAGAAGGGUAAAAUUCUCACCUCACAGGGAUAGUAUGAUUGCGUCUUGCUCGUAUGAUAUGACAGUUUGUUUCUGGGAUUAUCGGGUGGAGGAUGCCCUUAUUGGGAGAUACGAUCAUCAUACGGAGUUUGCGGUUGGAGUAGAUAUGAGUGUGCUUGUGGAAGGCCUUUUUGCGAGUACUGGGUGGGACGAGUUUGUUUAUGUUUGGCAGCAUGGGAAUGACCCCAGAGCACCUUGAAAAGAGUUCAAAAGAGUUUUUUUUUUUUUGGGGGGGUUGGGGAGGGGUUGGUGGUGUUCGUGCUAGAUUGAGAAGCAGAUGCAGCUUCAGCAGCACCAUUCAUCAUUGGAAAUUGGAAGCGGAAGAGAAUGGAGGGGUUCUUAUCUCUUUGGGUAUGUUGUAAUUUUAUCUGCUCUUUGCAGAGUAAUUAGGCUUUCUUUUUGGUCCCUUGAUAAUACUGAUGAAUAAGUGACUGAAUGAAUGAUUUACAAACAGAAUGCUUCCCGAGUGCACCCAACUGAAAUAAAAUGCAUUUAGUCCUGAUUUGAUA